AGUCUGUCUAUAAGUUAUGAAAAUAAUAAAGUGAGAGAGGACAAGUUGAACAUUAUAUAGUUCCGCCUUGGCCCAUGGAUGAAGUAAGAAAGUAUCGCAUGGAAUUACGUGACCAUUUCUAUGGAAAAAUGUGGACAUCGAAGGAUACCGCAAGGCACUUUAAAGGACAAGUAAUGAACAACCAAGGCCAUGAUCACUGUCCAUCUGAGCAAUCAUUCGACUUUAAGCCAUGCCAAAGCACACACUCUUCUCUCAACACACCCCCAAUUGUCCGGAUGACCAAGGAAGAACCUCCAGCGCCCACUCAACGACAGCAAGCCACUCAGACGUGCAGUAAUGGCGGAACCCAUUUAUGUCCGCAUCAUAUACCGUUUGAUGUAUCACGGUAUAAUAGGCAUCAUCAGAUGACAUCGCUGCCAACCCAUCAGCAUCAGCUGCUGGGGCCAUCAACACAUGAACACUCCCCGAUGUGUGGAGGUGCUGAGGGGGAUAACUUAUUAUACUCCAACAAGAACUUUCAUCAACACAACAGCAAUGAGCGAGCUGAACAGAUGGGUUGUGGUAACGACGAUCCGUCUCGCAGUCACGAGAAGCACCAACACAAUUGCUUACACAAAUGUCCAAAGACUUCUUAUAGCUUUCUGGAGUCGGCGCGCGAACACCUAAAGAAUGCAGAUGCACGCUUUAAUGCCAAAUUUCCAUUACCACUAAAUGAUUCGUCACUUCUAUAUAGUGACAGUGAUUCCACUAGCGGUUCAAAGAAGACUCGCAAGUCAACGCACACGGUGAUCAGCGCAAAGAGUGGAGAGGAUUUGCGCACUAUGGUGCGCUCCCAAAUUAAUAUGCAGCAGGAGAUUAAAAAGUCCAUAACGCAGCUCACAGAUCUUACGGAUCGGCUGGUGCUAAAGGAGUCGUCUAUGGAUUCGGAUAUGACGUUAUCGUCUUUAAGAUUACCGACGAUAAACGACCCUAACGCGCUGCGUAAGGACAAAAGGGAGAUUUUGCUGCACACACAGCGCUUGUGUGAUGAGCGUAACACACCCGAAUUGCCACGACCCAAGUCGGCUCCCAAGACCACGAAUACAAAAACGUAUGAUAAAGCGACACAUUCGAAGAACAAGGCACGUAAAGAUGUGCUACCUUUGGUGCAGACUGAGGGAUUAUCGUUAACCGUGGACGAUCUAGUCAGCUCCAAAGUGAUUACGCCCAUGGUGCGCAAAAUUCAGCGCAUGUAUUUAAACAAUUUGCGCGAGGAGAUGGCACUGAUGGAGGAUCUAGAGCGUGUGCCCCAGCUUGUAAGCGAGGUCUACAAAACAGCAGCUGUGCAGAAUAAGUAGCUGAGCAAUUUCUCCCGAACUUUAUAAAUAUGUGUUACUUUGUUAUAUUUCAUAAAAUUACACAAUUUCCUUAUAUUUUGUACAAUUUACACACGAUCAUUAAAACACAUACACAACGUA